UAAAAAUAAAUGCAAAGAAAUCUAAAAACAGCGGUUUCCCCCCCACUAGUUUCAAGUGGUACAACCCAAAUAUGGCUGCCUCCAUCCUGCAACGCUGUGUCCUGUCUGUCAGGACUUCACCGAAAUGUUUGACUCUGUGCUUAAGUGGCAGAAGAUGUCUGCUCUCGUCGGCAUACACAGACACCAGAGUGUGGGAGCAAAGAGAACACGACCCCCAAAACCUUGCUAAGCUGGCCUCUCUUAUGGACAAGACAUAUGAGAAAAAGCUUCCAGUGAGCUCUUUGACAAUAUCCCGGUUUGUAGACAAUAUAUCAUCUAGAGAGGAAAUUGAUCAAGCAGAAUAUUACUUAUAUAAGUUUCGACACAGUCCAAACUGCUGGUAUCUCCGUGACUGGACCAUUCAUAGCUGGUUUCGCCAAUGUGUUAAAUAUGGAGCCAGAGACAGAGCCCUGUACACACUAAAAAAUAAGGUACAAUUUGGGAUGUUUCCAGAUGAGUUCACAUUUAAUAUCCUGAUUGACUCUUACCUAAAAGAUGAAGACUAUAAAGGAGCUUGUGCAGUUGUCGAGGAGGUGAUGCUUCAGGAAGCUUUUGACCUCCCCACCACACAGAUCUUAUCCCUUUUUGCCUUGAGCAAAUAUUUAGCAACCAAGCCAGACAUCAGCUGGCAGCAGGAGAGGAACAUUGGAGCAACUCUUCUGCUGGCUGGACUGAAGCAGGAAAAUUCUGUUGGCUUUAGUGCUCAGUUACUUGGUCAUGCAUUCAUCGGCAAGGUAGAGCUAGCCAGAGGAAUCCAUGCGGUGUUUCACAAUAUGCCCUUGAUGUGGACUCCUGGUUAUCUUGGUAAAGGCCUGGCUGUUAUGGAGAGAGUGUGCAAUGAUGCUGGAGAUAUGAAACUAUGCAAGGAAAUUCUGGACUACAUGCAGAUGGUGCUACAGGAACUCAAGUCAACACUUGCCUCUGAAGCAGCACCAGAGCAAGCUGCAGAAAACCAGCCUGUGUUCAUAGAUGAAGAAGAUGAACUUGAAAGAGCCAAACUACCACAGUAUAUCGAUAGGUUCAAGGAGCUGAAUGAACAGCUGCACACACAGGGGAAAGUUGAGACGCGUGGUCUGGACAAGCUUGUGUCCAUCCUGGCUGAAGAGAAACUGAGGACCAGUGAGGAGCUAGAUGUGGCUCAGUAUGAGAAGAAUGUGCAGGCCUGGGAAACAGAGCGCAUACAACUUGUCCGGAGAGAGGAAAUGAUGAGAAGAAAAGCAGAACAGGAGCAUUUGGCCACCAAAACAACCCAGGCAGCUCAGUGAUGCACUCAGUUUGGGUCCAUAGAAGGAGAAAAAGAGAUAUUGUAAAUUCCUGUUUGUUACAACAUAAAAUAGUUUUUUUUUUCCCCCCACACUGUCAAAAUCUGAAUAAAAAUAAAACUAGGAUUUAUCAACCCUUA